CGCAGGGCAGCUCGGGGAUUGGGCUGGGUCAGCCCGUGAGUCAGUGCCAAAGGAGGGACCGGCGCGGCGGAGGCUUUAUUAGCUGGUGAGGGGUGGAGCGAGGCUCCGCUGGCAGGUGAGCAGCCACGCCGAGACGCGGCGUCGACCGAGCAAGGUCUCGCUCUGUUGCCCGGUUCACCCCCCGGCACCCCAACCCGCCGGCGAUGCAGCCCCAGCCCCGCUCCUCCUCUUCCUCACCGUACCCCUGAGCGGUGGCCGAGACGCUCGUCCUUCGCCACAGCCCCAAACUCACCCACGGCAGAGCCGGGAAGGCGGUGAUGGAGCAAGCUAUUGCACAAAAUGGAUCACAUGAGUUUCCCUGAGAAGCCCAUGAAGCACCGCUGUCGGCUCCAGACAUGGUAUAAAUCACCGAGACAUCCCAACGGGUAUAAAUUAUUCUGCUGACCAAGCUGCAGCAACAGGGAAACUUCUCAGGCAGCCUGGCAAGAACGGAGAUUUGGAUUCCAGGCAGCAAACCAGCCUUCCCCAUUCCUCUGAUACGUCCUCUCCUGCUCCUCAUAUGUCCUGCUCUGGUCCAGCCCUGGACUAUUCAAAAUGAAGUGACACCUCUCGUUCACGGGGCUCUCCUCCCAACAGCGCGAACCCUCAGCUGAGGCAUCGGGUGCAUCAUGAGUGAAGAGCCUGUGCGGAAGGACAGCAAGAGCAGACACUCCAGCUCCAGCAUGGGCUGCGGACACAAGGACGACAAAACCAGCCUGGCUUCAAGCCAGAGAGCAUCUUUCAGCCACCAGCCUCAUCAGCCCAGCUCCACUCCUGCCUCAAAGGAAGUAUGGAAGAAAGGCGGCCGCAUGUUCUCCAUCCUGCUGGCUGUGCACUUGGCCCUGCUGGCCUGCACGCUGGUGAGCAGCGGGGCUUUUGAGAAGAUUGCCGUGCAUGAUUACGAUGUCUUCUUUCUGCUGACUGUCAUGAUGCUGAUAGUCAUCGUAUGGAUCAUCUUCUACCUCGUCGGCACUGCCCGGUGCCCAGAUGCCAUCCUCUGCAAGGACUCCCACGCUGGGCCCAUCUGGCUGAGAGGAGGCCUGGUCCUGUUUGCCAUUUUCAGCCUUGUCAUGGAUGUAUUCAAGAUAGGAUAUUACUCCAGUUUCUACAGCUGCCUGUCUGCCAUCAAAAUCAUCUACCCCAUCGUGCAAGCAAUAUUCGUGGUCGUCCAGACGUACUUCCUGUGGAUCUCUGCCAAAGACUGUGUCCACGUCCACCUGAACGUCACCAGGUGCGGCUUGAUGCUGACACUGACCACAAACCUGGCAGUGUGGAUGUCAGCGGUGACAGAUGAGUCCGUUCACAAAGCGCAUUCAAAGUUGAAGAAGAACGCGACAGAGGAAAUCUUCAGGUGGCUCCUGAAAGCGGGCAUGAGGAGUAGCUCAGCCGAAGAAUGCAAUUGCAACAGCCAAAUCUGCCAGGUCUUCAAGAACGGCUACUUCUGGCUGUACCCCUUUAACAUUGAGUACAGCCUCUUUGCCUCUGCCAUGGUCUACGUCAUGUGGAAGAACGUUGGACGCUUCAUAGACCACCACUCCCACCACCUUAACCGCCUGAAGUUCAGGCUUUUCCGAAGGACCUUCUUUGUAGGCAUCGUGUUGGGCCUCAUCGUUCUGGUGAGUGGUUUGGGAGUUCUUAUUCUUUAUGAGGUGCAGGUAAAUUCCAGCACUGAACACAGCAAGAAGAUCCAAGCACUCACCAUGUACUACACCUUCAAUAUUGUUUGUCUGGGCCUGAUGUCUCUUGUCUGCAUCGGUGGCUCUGUCAUCUACCGAUUUGACAAGAGAGACAUGGAUCGGCACAAGAACCCAACCAGGACGCUGGAUGUGGCUCUGCUGAUGGGAGCAGCCUUGGGGCAGUACGCUAUUUCUUACUACUCCAUCGUGGCCAUCGUAGCCAGCACACCAAGGGACGCUAUCAGCGCACUUAACCUCACCUACGCCCUCCUUAUGAUUGCUCAGCACACCUUCCAGAACAUCUUCAUCAUUGAAGGCCUUCAUCGGCAGCCCCCUAAGGAAGACCACAAGCACAAUUCUCACCAGAAGGGUCUCUAUGGCCUCACCUUUGUCAACAUCAAUGCGGUGUCUCUCCGUGUGCCCGAAAGCGGCAGCUCCUUGGCGCCUAACUCUGCCUCUGGCGCUGAAGCCGUCCACCCUUCUGACCUCGUGCGGUCCCUCACCGCCCCCAAGAAGAUGAACUGGAGGAGGAAGUUCUUAAGGGAGAUCUCCAUGUUCCUCCUGCUGAGCAAUAUCAUACUCUGGAUCGUGCCAGCAUUUGGCGCACGGCCCCAGUUUGACAACGACACAGAACUGAACUUCUACGGCGAUUCCAUGUGGCCGGCCAUCGUGGACAUUUGCCUGCCCUUUGGGAUCUUCUACCGCAUGCACGCGGUGGCCAGUUUGCUGGAGGUCUACAUCAUGUCCUAACAAACUCUUGUGAGGAAGAUGAGCUCCUCCUCAACCCAUCCACCUCCUCCUCACCCCAGGGCUGGGAGACCACCCGCCUGUCCCAAGGGGUCCCCAAGCACUGUCGGAAUCGCGUCCCCAUGCAGCAUUGGGGCAUUUACGAACCGCCAGUGAAGAUCAUCCAAACCCAGUCCAGAUUUUAUUUUUGCUACCCAUGUGUAGAUGUGUACAUGCACACCUGAGGGUCUUAAAGCUUAAAAGAAAAAAGAUAUAAAAAGAAAGGUGUCCAGAGUAGGAUCAUGGUAACCACCCUUAGGUCAUGCAGAGACUCGCCGUCCUCGCAGCCGGCUCGCCCCCGUGGCCACCGGCCCCUCGGCGGGUGCUCAGCACCCUCAGUGCCCACCUGCACACGUUGACCCGCUGGGCACGAGGGGCUGGCACCGGCGGGGACGGCAAAGGAAGGGAAACCACUUUGGCUUCUGGUAUGGCCAGUCAGAAACCACUCCCCUGCAGAGAUGUGAAAAACAACCUGGUGCCCCCCGAAGGCUUUGGGGACCAUUUUAAUCCUUCCUCUCUGCGUUGCCCGUUGGUCUCAGCCCUCACCGCGGCCCCUGCUCUCGCCCUCCUCUCCAGGGCAGCACCGCUGCUGCCUCGGCGCUCGCCCACCGCGGCCAACAGAGCGCGGGGCUGGGCUGACCCUGGUAAAGGAUGCUCUAAGCACACUUCUUAUCCUAAACCAGGGCUCAAGACCCAUAAAGUUCCCACGGGCACUGCAGGCUCGGCAAUGAGAAAGGGAUUGGGGUUUCUUUUUUUAAAUACAUAAUGAUUUUUUAAAUAUAUGAAUGUUUUUGUAUGCAAAGUUAUUUAUUGAUUUUCCCUGUACCACUGGGCUCCUGAAGGACCUCCUUCACACAGAAAUCACUCCAAAACCAGGGCUGAUUUUCCCUGACCUGGAGGGACCGUGCGCCGCUGAGCCUCAGAGGCUGCCAGUGCCGCCCUGGACCCGGGCGGGCUCGGACCCUGCAGCUCUGCAGGAGCUGCUGUGGGACUGUGGGAUGCAGGGGCUCAGAACGGACCCCUCUGCCGCACCCAGGCUCCUGCAGGAGCCCACGCUGCCCAGUGGGCAAAGCCCAGCUGAGCUGUUGGGGAUCGUUGUUCCAGGGAUCCCUCAGGCUUCUCCCGCAGACCCGUGUGCAUCUGCCCAAGGAAAACAAAUACAUGGAAGUCACCAUCCCAGAGAUGGAGCGAUGCGAUUUUCCAUCGGGCAGCCUGGGCUCAGGCCUGUCCAACCACCUCUCCCCCCAAACCUCUCCCCACAGCAGCAGGGAGCGGAGCUUCUGCCGGGUCUCCCCGAGCGCAGUCCGUCCCCAGGCAGGUGGAGGGGGUAAAAUGCCGCAAUUGGCCCUGCGCCGCAGGACAGCGCUGACCCUGCUCCCCUGGGGUUGAUCCUUCCUUUCGCAGCCCGGGAGCAGCGAUGCAGUCUCUCCCGGCCUCACCAAGCCAGCAAAGCCCUGGCUCUAUCUUCCCCAUCAAUCCCAUCUCUUCCCGUAGGCUUCACUUUUCGUAAAACAAAAGCCUUAUUAAUUUGAACCAUAGGAGCCUCAGAUGAAGUCAGAAAAGACAUAAACGGUGCAGAGACAACAGUCUUACGCACACCCCUACCCGCUGUUUUGGCCCAAGCUGCCGAGCUCCAACGCGGGCAGAAAACCCUUUCAGCCACCUGCCCCGUCCCGGGGACCCCCGGGGUUUGCCUCCCGCACCCCCACUGGUGCCUGGUCCGGGUUCCCAGGGAUGGGCACGGGGAGCCGGGCAGGGUCGGAGCUGCUCCUCUGUUCUGAAAAGAGACCAGAGGGGCAUUUCUGGGGCUUUGGUGGGAGCAUUGAGCCCCACUGACAGCAGUCAGCAAGGGCUGCCAGGCUGGGAGCCCAGGGAGCUGCAGGCCCAGCCCCAGGACGUGAGACACUCCAGGAGUGCCAAAAAGGUCCUGAUCCAGACCUUGGUCUGAGGCACGCGGGGCCGGCAAGGGAGAGCAGCGAGAAGGGGAAGAGCCAAAGAGCAGGAGAUUGGAAAUCACUGCUCGGAAGAGAGCAGGCAAGGACAUCGCCAAGGCCAGAACUGAGUCAUCCUCCCACCACUACCAGGGUUUGCAUCCCCUCCUCUGCUUCUUAAUCAUCUGUUAUUUGAGGGCGAGUUUUGUUUUGUUAGAACAAAAAAAGCAAGUCUUUUAUCUGGAUCAUUUGCGCUGAGGUGUGUCAGACAGGGAGAAAUCCGAGUUAAUGAUUACCUGUCAAUACCGCAGCUGGAAAGCGGCUGCACCGGGAGCUCACGAGGCUGGAGAGGAGGGAAGGGUCUGCAGCACGAGGCGAGGGGCGACCCGAGAGCAGGGCUGGAGCUGGAGGGACACUGCCCGGAGCGAGAGAGCCGACCCGGCCACCGCGGAGUGGCUCAGCGCUGGCGGGAGCUCAAAGCCACCUGCACCAACAGUGCUCCACGAGCGCGGCCAGCACGCGCCCCCAGAGCCAGCGGGGACGGAGCUGCGGCGGCGCAGCGGGAGCACCCUCACAGAAUGAUAGAAUCACUUGGCUGGAAAAGCCCUUUGAGAUCAAGUCUGACUGUCCCCAUCCACUACUAAACCAUCCGCAAGCACAUCAUCUACCCCUCUCUGCGCCCCUCCAGGGACGGGGACCCCAUGCCCUCGCGGCAGCCCGCGCCCUCGUCGGUGCGGGCGAGGCUGCUCUCUGCCAUCCCCCAGAAGGCGCUCACCCAACAGCCCCACGGGGGACGUCAUCGGCGCCGUUAUCGGCAGAGGAGCAGGAAGGGUGUGGGUGAUCCGGGGAGCCGUGAGGCACGUGGGGCUCCUCCGGCGGCCUUUGGGCAAACACAGCAGCCAGGCACAAACUUCCUUCCUCCCGGGUCCUGUUUACAGAUCCGCUUGGCCCAGCCUGGGUGUUAUUACUGCUAAGUGCCCCGAUAACGCCAUUAACGAGCGAUCGCUGAUAGCGGAGGGGCAAACAGCGCUCCAAGCAUUGCAGCCUUUGAGUAAAGGCAGCUCCUCCGGGGCAGAGCCGGGCAGUGAUUUAUGGGAUGGCCCCAGUCAGUCCAACUCAUCCUCUCCCUCCCUGCUC